AUGAAGAAGGAAUUAAAAGUCAUAAUAUGGGCCCAUGUUGCUCUAGUAAUUUAUUUGUUAUAUUUAUGUUUUGAUUUGCUCACGCUUAUUCCGGAUGAUAUGUUUAGUGAUGCCUUACUAGACUUUGAAAUUAAUCCUUCUCCAAAUAGUCCAAAUUUGAACAAACAAGCAAUUAUACCGAAAAUUAUCCACCAAACUUAUAAAACAAAUGAUAUUCCAGACGCUUGGAAGCAAGGUCAACAAGCUUGUAUUAAUUUGCAUAAUGAUUACCAAUAUAUUUUAUGGACAGAUGAAAUGGCCAGGGAAUUUAUUAGCAAAGAAUUUGAAUGGUUUUUGGAAACUUGGGAUAACUAUAUGUACCCAAUUCAAAGAGCCGAUGCUAUUAGAUACUUUGUCUUGUAUCAUUAUGGUGGUAUCUAUAUUGAUUUAGAUGACGGGUGUAAACGUAAAUUGGAUCCAUUAUUGACUGUGCCUGCCUUUGUUAGAAAAACUGCACCAACAGGGGUCUCCAAUGAUGUCAUGGGUAGUGUUCCACAUCAUCCUUUUUUCUUGAAAGUGAUUCAAAAUUUGGAAAAGUACCAAAGAAACUGGUUUAUUCCUUAUUUAACUAUUAUGAUUUCCACAGGUCCAUUGUAUUUGUCAUUAAUCUGGAAACAAUACAAGCGUUGGGGUGUCCCAGAAGCAGGUAAGGUUAGAGUUAUGAUGACUGAACAUUAUAAAGGGAACCCAUAUUCAUAUUUUGCCAUUGCUUCUGGCUCCUCAUGGCAUAUGGGUGAUGCAAAUUUUAUUAAAGGAUUAGGAGAUCAUCUUGUAUUGGCUGUUAUUGGAGGUUUCUUGCUUGGAAUGGCUAUUUUAGCUACAGAAUAUUUGUUCUAUUGCUGGGUAACAUCAAAUAGUUUCAAGAAGAUGAUCAACAAAAUUUUCAGUAUCAUGUGGUCUGUUUUUAUGGGAUUUUUGAGAUUUUUACAUUUGGAUAAGUUUUUAACUAAGGGGUCACUCAGUAGUGGAGGUAGCCAUGAUUAUAACGAACUUUUACCAACUCACAAAGAUGACAAGAAAACCAAAUUAUCUUCUAUAUUUAAUAUAGUGGGCCAUCAAGCUAAGAUCAAAAGAAGAAACAGAAAAGAUUCCAAUUUACCAAUAGAAAUUGGUCUUUUAGACAAACUCAGUGUUGAUACUAUUGUUGUAGAGGACAACGACAACAAGUGCAACAAAUCUACCGAUAGUCUUUUAUUAUCACCAAUUAAUGACAUUAACGAACUGCCUCAUUCAACACCACCAGGUUCACCUUCGCAUGUAACUCAACCGCUACUCGAUUCAGAAACUAUUAAUAGAAUGAAUGAUGAAAUUGUAUAA